AUGUCGAGAAGAAAGUUGCCGCCGCCAGGUUUCAACUUCAAGCCUCCAGAGGAGCAGAUCGUAACACCACCAAGAAACUUGGACAAGCAGACAACAAUCACAGUAGAUGACAAGACAUUCACGGUGCAUGCAGAUGACCUGAUCAAGAUAUGUGACCUGGGCCGUGGUGCCUAUGGUAUUGUGGAGAAGAUGAAGCAUAUUCCUAGUGACACCACUAUGGCAGUCAAGAGAAUCACAGCCUCAUUCAACAGUCAGUCUACAGAGUUAAAGCGUCUGCUCAUGGACCUGGACGUGUCCAUGCGAGCCAGUGCCUGCCCAUACACAGUGCAUUUCUACGGGGCCAUGUUCCGCGAGGGAGAUGUCUGGAUCUGCAUGGAGGUAAUGGACAUGAGCCUCGACAAAUUCUACAUGAAAGUGUACCACAACAACCGCACCAUACCAGAAAAUAUUCUCGGGAAAAUUACGUUCUCCGUAGUCAGUGCUUUACACUAUUUAUAUUCUAAGCUCAGAGUAAUUCACAGAGACGUGAAGCCAUCCAAUAUUCUGAUCAAUAGAAAAGGAGAGGUUAAGAUGUGCGAUUUUGGUAUAUCUGGAUACUUAGUGGACUCUGUUGCUAAGACUAUUGACGCGGGCUGCAAGCCGUACAUGGCGCCCGAGAGGAUCGACCCCAGCGGCAACCCGGGCCAGUACGACAUCCGCAGCGACGUCUGGUCACUCGGCAUCUCCCUUAUCGAGCUCGCCACCGGCAAGUUCCCGUACAACACGUGGGGCACACCCUUCGAACAGCUCAAGCAAGUCGUCAAGGACGACCCCCCGCGACUGCCGAGCGGACAGUUCUCCGAACAGUUCGAGGACCUGAUAGUGCAAUGUCUGCAGAAGGACUACAAACAGAGACCCAACUACGACGCGCUACUGACGCACCCGUUCUGCCUCGACCACAGCCAGGAGAUCGACGUCGCGACCUUCGUUCAACAAAUAUUAGACUUACCAGAUGCGUCCUAG